GGUGUUUAGAUCGGUGGUUGCCACACACGUGCUGACGUCACAGCUGUGAAAAUCCGAUAAUUUGAUUUGAUUUUGAUUGGUAAAGUCAAGUUUAAAGCAGGAUGGGAAAUGGUUCUUCUUCAUGUCUCACUGUCUCGGUUCCCAAUCCUUAUAUAACAACCAUUUCACCCUGUAAAUCAAAGUCCCUUUCAUCAUCGACUUCCAUUCCCACCUUCUCCACAAAUAUUAUACCUCAAAAUUUCUUAAUCAAAAUACCCAUAACCAUGAGCAAUCACUCCUCACCGUCGAAUUUAAGUGUAAAGUGUGGUGGUGGAGUUGAAAUUAAAGAAACCCAAGAUGAAAAUACAUCAAAUAAACCCAUCUUUGAAACACUUAAUUCAGUUCCUGAUUUGCUACAGAAGUUGAUUUAUGAUGCUCUUGUUUGGACUUCUCUUCAUGGUCUUGUUGUUGGUCACAAAUCCCUACAGAAAUCAGGAACUGUUCCUGGAGUGGGCAUGGUACAUGCCCCGUUUGCAUUGUUGCCCAUGUCUUUCCCUAAGAGUCAUUGGGAACAAGCGUGUGAGUUGGCUCCAGUUUUUAAUGAGCUCGUAGAUCGUGUUAGCCUCGACGGCAAGUUUCUACAAGAUUCAUUGUCCAGAAUGAAAAAAGUGGAUGCUUUCACCAGUAGACUCUUGGACAUUCAUUCGAAGAUGCUAGAACUUAAUAAGAAAGAGGAAAUUCGGUUGGGUUUGCACCGUUCUGAUUAUAUGCUUGAUGCUCAAACUAAAGAACUUCUACAAAUAGAGCUCAAUACCAUUUCUUCUUCGUUUUCUGGGCUUAGCUGUCUUGUAGGCGACCUUCAUAGGAACUUGCUUAACCAGUACAAAGGACUCGGAUUAGAUUCCAAAAGGGUUCCGGCAAAUGGUUCUGUCAAUCAGUUUGCAGAGGCUCUUGCUUUAGCAUGGAAGGAAUACAAUAACCCCAGGGAUGUAGUUAUGAUUGUUGCUCAACCCGAAGAAACCAACAUGUAUGACCAGCAUUGGCUCUCUUUCGUACUAAAGGAGAAACAUGGCGUGACAAUGAUUCGGAAAACUUUACGAGAGGUGGAUGAACAGGGGGAGCUUCAACCAGAUGGAACACUUAUCAUAGGUGGCCAAGCUGUUGCAGUUAUAUAUUUCAGAGCUGGGUAUACACCAAAUGAUUAUCCAUCAGAAUCUGAAUGGAGAGCUAGGCUAUUAAUGGAGCAGUCUUUGGCUGUCAAAUGUCCAUCUAUUUCUUACCAUUUGACCGGCACGAAGAAGAUUCAGCAAGAAUUGGCAAAACCAGGUGUACUUGAGAGGUUCAUGGAGGACAAGGAUGACAUUGCAAAACUAAGGAAGUGCUUUGCUGGAUUGUGGAGUUUGGACGAUACAAAUGUCAUGAAGGACGCCAUUGAAAGACCCGAAUCGUUUGUUCUCAAACCCCAACGAGAAGGAGGACGAAACAACAUCUAUGGCAAAGAUCUCAGUGAAACCCUAUUAAAAUUGCAGAAGGAAAAUAGUGAGGAACUAUCUGCAUACAUCCUCAUGCAAAGAAUUUUCCCAACAUCUUCUCAAACAUUCCUCGUUAGAGAUGGCAUUUGUCAUCAAGACCAAGCUAUAUCUGAACUUGGGAUAUAUGGUGCUUAUCUCAGGAGCAAAGGGAAGGUCAUCCUUAAUGAGCAAAGCGGUUACCUGAUGCGGACGAAGGUUUCAUCGUCCGAUGAAGGUGGGGUUGCGGCUGGGUUUGCAGUCCUGGAUAGCGUGUACCUAACCUGACCAAAUUUACGUUUAUUGAGGUACCUAUUGAUGGUUUUAUUAUAAAACCACUUUACCCAUUCACUGGUCAGCAAAAAUUACAUUCACAUACUUAUUAUGGUGAACACUUGAUUAUUUGACUGUAAAACUCUUGCUUCGUCAAUUUCCCUGUAAGUUGAAAAGGUUCCGUUUGGGUGUUGAAAUAGGUACCAUGUGUGCAUUGUUUUGAUUAUUUUAUUUUAUUAUAUGCAGAAGUAGAAUAUGAAACUGAAA